AUGGAGCGUCCCACGCGCAAGCGUGUGGGCGUGGUGGUGUUCUUCGCCUAUCUGCUCAUCCUGGUCCUUUAUCUGCUCAAUUCCUUCUCCGGCUAUUUCGCUUUCUGCGGCUACUCCGCUUCGAACGUGCUGGAUUCGUACCCCGCUCUGGAUCCCUACAUUCUGGUCGGGCGCCUCAUCAUCUCGUUCGCGUUGUGCUUCACCUUCCCGCUCUACGGCUACUCGGUGCGCGAGGUCAUCGUGAAGACGUUCAAGCUGCAGAACACCAAGUACUGGAAGCUCGCCUUGGUCACCGUGGUGAUGGUGCUCUCCUGCAUGACCGUGGCUAUCUUCUUUAACGACCUGUCCACCGUGGUGGGAAUCACUGGAGCCAUCGGCGGCUCUUCGCUCAUGGCCAUCAUUCCGUCGCUUCUUUACAUUAAGUGGACGAAGGUCAGCGAGACGAAGUACAAGUGGAUGCAUUAUACCGUUGCCUCUCUGUAUCUCCUUAUCGGCUUGGUCAUGGCCUUUGUUGGAACUUAUGUGACUCUUGUGUAAUGAUUCUGAAGAUGGCU